UCGCUCCGCGUUGUACCAACAACGCAGUCAGCCUAUUGUGUUGGUGCCGUGCACACGGAGAUUCAAUUUAUUCAGCUCAAGUGGAAAAUGUGGCCACUAAUAUUACUGGGACUGCUAGCGACCACAACAUGUCUGCCACUAGAAGAACAAGAAGACCCAUCACCGACCACAGACAACAUAGAGCAGCUCAAAAAAACCAUAAACGUAGUUUCUUACAUCCAAAACUUUAAAAACGUAAUGGCCGAUUAUGUCAACUCACAAUACACCGACCUAAGCAAACACGACAUGGAAAAAAUAAAGCAAACACUAGAAGAAUUUCUAGUCAAGUUCGCGAACGAUCUUCGAGAAACAGUCGAAGAUCAACAGAAAAAUGUGACGUUUGAAAAAGAGCGCGAUAGAAUCCAAGAUGGCGUCCCGGAUGCGACUUUUGUGGAAAUAAGAGAUAGGAUUAUGACUGAAUUUCCGGAUAUCAAGGUAGAAACUGCUGAUGUGAUUGUGUAUAAGUUGAGGAAGAAUUUAAAUGAGACGCGGCAGAAGAUUGAUUAUGUUAUUAAAACGUCGGAGAGGGAAUUCGAAUAUGCCGUAGCUUAGUGGUUUUUCUUAAAAAGAUCACAGUAUUCA